AUGUGUUUUCUUGUUGCUUCCUUCCAGACCGUUCAAAUCUCAGAUUUAGGUUUCGUCGCCGGUGUUCUUUUCGUUUUGUAUCCGUUCUCCGCCGUUGUAUCUCGUUUCGUGUGCCCAUUUUGGGAUUAA